AUGGCAUCGUCGCAAUCACCCCGCUUCUGCGCCGACUGUUUCAAGGGAACCCUCCGCGGCGACGUCGUGCCGCAGGGGAAUGAGGAGACGAUAAACGGCCUUCCGACAUAUGUCGCGCGCCCGGACGCCGGCCGCGAGCCAGCGGGAGUCGUCGUCAUCCUGCCGGACGCUUUGGGAUGGACGCUGCGGAAUACGCGAGGUUUGGCCGAUGCAUACGCCAAGCGGAUCCCGGCCGUGGUGUUGGUCCCCGAGUUUAUGAACGGCAACGCACUACCCGACUCCAUCCUCACCCUCAGCGACCGCAUCGGCGUUGAGAAGUCGUGGUGGUACAAGAUUUUCUAUCUUUUCCCUGUUGCCGCCUUCACUCUGCUUCGAUAUGUCAUCCCGCUCUUUGUAGGCACGCGGUCCAGCGUCGUUGUGCCGCGCAUCGCAAACUACCUGCGCGCUCUUCGCGUUAACCCUCCAAGCCCUCUCCCCCCACCGUCUACAUCGGACUCUUCCUCUGCGGACGUGAAAGAGCUCAAGAUCGGCGUUGCAGGGUUCUGUUGGGGCGGGAAGUACACCGUUCUGCUGACACAGGGUGCGGGUGGUCCGUUUGGCGAACAGUUGGUGGAUGUAGGGUUCACCGCGCACCCGAGUAUGGUGAACGUUCCUUCGGACUUUGAGAAGGUUGUUUUACCGCUGAGCGUUGCAAACGGGGAUAACGACUCCAUGAUGGGCAGGGCACGUAUGGUGCAGACGAAGGAGGUUUUGGGCGCGAAGGAGAACUGUGAGGUUGUCGAGUAUCCCGGUGCCGUUCACGGGUUUGCGGUCCGUGGAGACCCGAAAGAUGAGAGGCAGGGGGAGUUUGGGAUGCGUGCAGAGGAUCAAGCUGUUGGUUGGUUUAGGAGGUGGUUUGGUCAGGGUGCUGUGGCGUAA